AUGUUAAAAUUAACAGAAAUUAUGGAUUCGACUUGCAAUUUUUGUGAGUACCAAUAUGUACAUACAACACUAAAUUAGGACUUUGCAGUCAUCAUCAAAAAAGCACUCUAUGAAAAGUAUUCGUCUUCGCAGAAUUAUACUUACAUUCGAAUCAUCAACGAUCUAAUCUUUGCCCGUAGAAGUCGAAUCACCAAUACAUUCAAAGACUACCUCUUUUGGGAUUACCACGAUGAGUACAUGGAGAACUACUUCCAUUCUCCCAACGAUGUCCUCUUCGAUACUAUCAAUUCCAAUGUAUUGGUUGUAACUUAAAAUAGACGAUUAGUCCCAAAAAUUUGUGCCCCGCAUAUUUCAUACUCCCAUUGCCAAAACCAUGGAUACUUACUACAAUCCCAAAAUUCGAUAAUCUCGAAAAUACUCCAACAUCAAUUCCAUCAGCGUUUCAAAAAUACUGCAGAGCAGUCUACUCUAAAAGUAUCCUCUUCAUUGAUAUUUCAAGAUAACAACAAUACAGUUCACAAGGCUCCAUCUUUUUUAUCAAAAACCAACUAAAUGAUAUUGUCACCAAUAGUUCAUUGUCUUUUCAAACGGUCAAUACGUACCCAUUAAAAAUUAUUCUAGUAAGUAGGAGGUUGGAGUCCAACUCAGACUGAUCUAUUAGAAAUUCUGUGACCGAAGACAGGAAAUCAAAAAGUAGAAAUAAAAAAAGAAAAGUUAAGCACAUUCCAUUGACAAAGAAACUCAAACCCAAGGAUUCCAAUUCAUACCCAUCAUUUAUAACAAAGAUAAGCAAUUUCUAUAAAAGAUCAUCAAGUAACAAAAGGAAAAGGAGUCAACACAAAUUUAGUUUCAAAAAUUGAACAAACAAAAUAAAUCAUCCAGAUAUAGAAGUAGUGUGGAAAUCAAUAACAACAGAUAUGGUUCUGCAUCGAAGAUAUCAUAAUAGUCAACUGCCAGAGUCUAUGAAUCCAAUGCUUCAAGUAGAUAUAAUUCGACUGCUACUUAAUAAAAAAUUAUUCGAUCAUAGCGUACAAAAUCCUAAACUCAAGAUUCAAAUAACAUAACUAAGGCAUUAGAAAGUUAAUUCAAUAAUUAAGUUGAUAUUAAGUAAACAUUAAAGAGGUUUGAUAGUGGAAUUAAAUAACAAAAAGUUAAAUGA